CUCGUAUUCAGCCCGGCCGAUGAUGCGCAGCCCCUCUUGCUGUGCCUCGCGGCGAGCAUCAGCUGGCGGAAACGGCCUAGCUCUGCCAGAUCUUAAAGCAGGUUCUCCGCUGCUUCUGGGCUCAGGCGCCACCUUGACGCAGCUCGCCGGCCAGCCCAUGAGUUGGUGAAGUCGUGCAGAGUCCUUGGGCAGAAGUCGUCAGCGAACAUGGCGUACUGGUGGGCUCGGCCGAGGAAGACAUCGAGCGGUUCGUCAUGGGCCACGGUGGGCAGUAGACCUUGUUUGUGCCGUCCUCGACUAAGAUGUAAUCUGACAGGGAGACGCACAGACAUUCGCAUAAGACACGUUGACGCAUUGACUCGUGCCUGCUGACUGCGCGGGCUCGAUACUUACCGGGUUUUAUGUCCCUGUGCACACACUGCUGCGAAUGCAUGUACGCAAGGGCCGACAGGAUCUGCUUGGCGAUAUGGAGGUAGAAAGAGGUGGGCAGGUGCUUUGUCACCAUCUUGUCCAGGCUGCGGCCGUGUAUGUACGGCAUGAAGAGGGCAGUGACGCCGUUGUUUAGCAUCAUGCCCUCGCAGCUGAUGAUGUUGGGGUGACUGAGCUUGGACAGGUUGAUGGCUGAUGCAAACACACACACACACACACACGCACAGAGGGAAAGACAGACGGGCCAGAGGUUGACAGACACAAGUCGCUAUCACUUCUGUCCUUCCUACAGACAUCAUACCUUUGUUCGUGACCCACACCAUUGGCCUGCGCCACUUGUGCGGCGAUGGUAAUACGAGGUCUGUAUGAAGUCCAUCAGAGAGCUUUCAGAUGUAAAAUAUAGGCAGCAAUCUGGAAGCAGGAGAUUGACACGUGUGCACGUGUGUGUGUGUGUGUGUGUGUGUGAAUGUGUGCGUGAAACUACCGUCGGGGGGCUUGGUGGGUUGGAGGAGCUUGUGUGGGUCGGGUGAGUGAAUAUUGUCACUGCCACCUGAACACGAGACAUGAGGACAGAGGCAUGACAGAUGUGUCCUUCCCUGUGUUGCCAGCGUACCUUCGCUUGCCGUUGGCUGCCGGCGUUUGAAAUCCCGUGUAGCAGGAGGCGUACUCAGCUGGUCGAGUACCAACGGCCUCGGCAGAUUCUCCGCUGGUAUCUUGUCCGUAGCAACCAAUAUUCCCAGCUUGAGUUGCAUCGCCAGCCCCUCGGCAUGGAAUAGCUCCAUUAAGAGAGGCAGAACGGGCAGCAGGUGGGUCAUGUCCGUGUGUGUCUUGCGGGAAAAGUAUGCCAAGACCAUGGGCAGCACCACAGUCAGUGUUCCCCUCUCGUAGGCCUCCUUCAGGACGGUCUCCCAGCUGAUUUGAGAGGCGGCAACAGGCGUGCCCAGCCCCCAUGAAAUAGCGGAGAGGAAACCCCCGAGGUUCUUGAGGCAGUCUCGGUACGCCUUGUCGUCCUCGUUCUCUGCGGCUGGAUCCGCAAAGUCUAGCAAGCGACGAAUGACAUCAAUCUGAGAUCAUGCAUUGCACAUGACGCACAUGAGAGGGAAUCUGUAGUGUGUCUGUCUGCGUUGCUGACGUGAUUUGGCCUACAAGUGCAUGUCUCACGAACUCUUGCUCGACACCCCGAUUCAGUCCCUCGACCAGCUGCGCCAAAACAGUGUGGCUUGACGGAAAGCAGGAAGCCCUCAAGGCGAUCAGAUGGACGAGCCACUUGAAGUGGUCUUGGGUGAUGGCGAGGAGGAUUUCGCUCCCCUGAGAAGCAACACACACACGAACACACACACGCAUACACGCACACAAACAAAGAAACAACCAACUCGUCUGAGUGUGUGUCGGCCAUCAUUGUUUGUACUCACCUUGCAUCGGGGGCAGCAGCAAUUGUUUCCAUCGUUGCCUGAGUCGACAUCGGUGACAGAAUUCAUGGACAUUGGAGAGAAUUCGAACGACCUCCUCACGAGGUUCCACAAUAACCAUUUCCUCCCCAAUCCCUUUGAAGCAGAC